UAUGCGACAACUAAACUGAUAAUCUGACACAGCCAUUGAUCGAUCAACUAUAAAUAGGGAUGAAGAAACCAUGCACACCACAACACACAAAUCAUCAACAAGCUCACAACCCAAGCUAGACAGGAGAAGCUUCUAGAACCUUCCAGAAGGUAGCUAGCUAAUCGAUCGAUCGAUCAAUGGCGGAGAUGGUGGCGAGGCUGGCGUCGGAGAGGGCGGUGGUGGUGUUCACCAAGAGCGGCUGCUGCAUGUGCACCGCGGUGACGACGCUGCUCGGCGAGCUCGCCGUCAGCGCCGCCGUGCACGAGCUCGACAGGGAGCCGCUCGGGAAGGAGAUGGAGAGGGAGCUCGCCAGGAGGCUCUACGGCUCCGGCGGCCGCGGCGGGCCCGCCGUGCCGGCGGUGUUCAUCGGCGGGAGCCUCGUCGGCGGCACCAGCAAGGUGAUGACCGUGCACCUCAAGGGGGAGCUCGUGCCAAUGCUCAAGAGUGCCGGUGCACUGUGGCUUUGAGAUUACUGUGAUUAGUUACUGAUAUGAGUUAAUUACUUCAAGAAAAUCUAUUAUAUUAUAUUAUUAAAGGAAUAGAAAAAGGAGCCUCCACGUUCGC